AUGGAGGCAAGCAAGAUUGCAACCAUGUUGAAGUGGAGAAGUCCCAGGUUCAUUCUAGUCCUAGUCUAUGCUGUCCUGGAAUGGGUGCUGUUAAUACUCCUCCUCCUCAACUCUUUAUUCAGUUACUUGAUCACAAAGUUUGCCAGCUACUUUGGCCUCAAACCACCUUGUCCCUGGUGUUCUUCUAGAGUUGAACACAUGCUGGAACCACAAAAGUCUUACUCAGAUCUUGUAUGUGAGAUCCAUGCCAAUGAGAUAUCUAAACUGGGUUACUGUCUCAAUCAUAAAAGACUUGCUGAAUCACAUAGCAUGUGUAGAAACUGCUUUUCUUCUCAACCAAAUUGCAGAGAAAAUUCUACUCAAAGUAUGAUGGAUUUGAUUACAUUGUUGAGUGACAAAGAUCACAAGAGACGGCCUUGCAUUUGUUCUUGCUGCAGUAAGAGCUUUGACACCAUACUCUCUCCUCUCUCAUUGGAAUAUGCUGAGACAGGAAAUUCAAACGUAGAAGCAGUGUAUGGUGACAACAAUGAACGCACAAGCAAUCCGGAUAGCAUGUCAGUCCACAUCAAAAAUGGCUAUGAGAUGGAGACAACUUCUAGCUUAAGAGACACUACUGCAGAAGAGCACUGCCAAAACGAAAGUAAGAAACUUGUCCAUCAAUCUUCUAAUGCUACUACCAUUGAAUACUGUUGCUUUCAAGAAGAUCACUCUCUUGAAACCAACCCCCUUCCUUCUGAGAGUUGUAUGGUCUGUCAUCCUGGUUGCAGCCUGAUUCCUACUGAUUUGAUUGAUUUUUCAACUACGUUAGACAAAGGACUCAUAUACAGCUUAGAAGAUCAGGAACAUCUUGAUGAUAAACAAGGAAGUUUAAAUUCCGAGUCAAAGAUUGAAUUGGAACAUCAACUCUCAGGGGAAGAAGCUUUAGUACUCAGGGUUAAGUGUGGAGCAAAUACAAGUAAUGGAGAACUCAAGAGCUUGGAGAUGGCCAAGGGAUUUACUGAUGCUUCAUCUGUUGCACAUGUUGAAAAGAGAAAUCUAGAGUUGGUUGGCAAGCUAAGUGAAGAUAUGGUCACUGCUCCAGAAGGGCAAACUUCGUUCGUUGACACUGAACAACUAACAGAUACCAAUGAACCUAAAGAUCCACAAGAAUGUGAAGAAGAGAGAAUUUUGGCUGUCAUUCCAAUAUAUCUAUCAAACACAGAAGUGUCACACUAUGCAGCUGAUCGGCCUCAAGGUCACGAGGAUUCUUCACUACCGUUCAGUAAAAACUUUUAUGUGCCAUCUCACAGUGAUGUCGAUGAUGGAAGUAUGAUGAAGGAUGGAGAACCUGCAACAACCAUUGAACAGCUCAAAGCGGCGUUGAAGACUGAAAGUAAAGCUUUAAGUGCUUUAUAUUCAGAACUAGAGGAAGAGAGAAGUGCAUCCGCCGUAGCUGCCAACCAGACUAUGGCUAUGAUAACAAGGCUGCAAGAAGAGAAGGCAGCAAUGCAGAUGGAGGCAUUGCAAUAUCAGAGAAUGAUGGAAGAACAAUCUGAGUAUGAUCAAGAAGCCUUGCAACUUUUAAAUGAGUUGAUGAACAAAUUGGAGAGGGAAAAGCAAGAGCUAGAGAAAGAACUGGAAAUAUAUCAGAAGAAAGUCCUGGAUUAUGAGGCAAAAGAGAAGAUAAGGGUCAUGAGCAGAAUCAAAUAUGGGAGAAUCAGAAGUAGAAAUUCUUCUGCUUCCUACAGCCAGUCUUGGAAUAGUGACGCGCUAUCCAUUGAUCUCAAUUGUGAAGCAAGGGAUGAUGAUAAUUCUUUCCCUCAAGAAUGCUUCCAAGAAGAGAGGUUUACAAUUCUGGAUCAGCUUAAAGCAUUGGAAGAUAGGCUACUAGUGUUGAGUGAAAAUGAGAACUACUCUCAGGAUCAUAAAUUAGUUGAGAAUGACUCGAACUUCAGUACCAAAAACAUUGAAGAAAAUCAUAAUUUCAGCAGUCCAGAAGAACAACAAAUAUCAGAUGAGAAAAUAACAUUGGCUUCCAUGGCAAAGAGGCUUCUUCCACUUUUGGGUGUAGGAGCUGAGGAUAAUGAAACUGAACAAGGUUUAACAUGUGAAAAACAAGUCAGAACUGAAUCUAUUGCAAUGCAUAACUCGGUGACAAAUUCUGAAUUGCAUGAUACUAGAAUAGCCAUUGAGGAGGAAGUGGAUCAUGUUUAUGAGAGGCUACAAGCUCUUGAAGGAGACAGGGAGUGUCUCAAGCACUGUAUGAGCUCCAUAAACCAGGGGGACAAGGGGAUGGAUCUUCUUCACGAGAGCUUGCAACAUCUCCGGGAUUUAAGGGAUGUUGAACUCUGCAUAAGAAACAUAAAUGAUCAUGUGGAUGAAGCUGCAAACAAUUGA